AUGCUAUCGCAGACUCUAACAUCAUUGGCUCAGGCACAUGGCUCAGACUCCUUCCACGUUGUUCUCGCCAUGGAGGCACGCGAGGGGCCCGAAGGGCUGCAAAAGGCUGCCAAGCUGACCAGCGGCUUUGCGAAGCACUUCGCCACGUUCCGAAGCACCAGCCAUCCGUCAAAUCUGCGAGAGGAGCACGCCGACGGUUCUUCCGAUCCAGAAGUGCCCGGCAAGGCCUCCAACGUGAAAUGGGCCGUCCGGCAAGCCCACAGAGAGCUUGUUAAGGAGCAGGUCAAUCCAACUUCUGUUCUCCUCACGGUUGCUGAUGCCGACGUCGUUUUCCACCCGAGAUACUUCAGCCGCUUGACCAGAGACUUUGACACACUUCGGCAGUACGGAGGUGGCUGGCACGAGUGGACCAUUUGGCAAGCUCCGCAGCUACCCUUUCGCAACUAUUAUGCAUCGCCAGCGUGUUCCAGGGUGUGGGCAUACGUCGCAUCCAUUUGGGAAUGCGGUGGGGUCGCUGGACUCAGCUUUGGAAGCGAGCACUUCGCUUUCAGUACGUAUUCGUUGCCUUUGCUCCUGGCUGUGGAGGCUGAAGCUCAUGAGGGUGACGUCAUUGCAGAGGACCACCACUGCUACAUCCGUUGCUUCUUCUACAGCGCUGUGAAGGAAGCUGGGCUUGCGCGAGGUGGUCAGGAGCUCCCAUCGUCCCCAGGUCUUGCAAAAGCACGCCUUCGACCCAUCUUCCUUCCGGUCAAAUCCACAUCCGUGGUUUCGGACAAGGGUGUGUGGCAGACAUGGAUCGACCGGUGGUUUCAAGCCAAGCGACAUGCUCAGGGCGUGGCUGAACUCUCCUUCUUCGUUCUUGCCGUGUGGGAUGCUCUACAUCAGCUGCCCGCAGUGCUGUGGUCAGCGUCAUUUACGCUGUCUGUGGCAAGAAUGGCUGGCACGCUGAUCUUCAUUCACAUGGUCCCGCCAUGCCAUUUCGUGGCUAUGGGAACUUUGCUACUUUACUGGAUGUCAGGGCCUUACCUGCAAGCUGGGAGCACUUUCCAAAUCGUAUUGGGAGUGCUUGAGGUCAAUCUGCUAUUAGGCCUUGGGCUCUGCAGAGACGAAGCAUUUUAA